UUUGGGCCGUGAGCAUCCCUGAGUUUUGGGGGGAGAGGCUGUCGGGAUGAAGUUCAAAACCAUCCUCUAAGAAUUGAUAACCAGUUUGACACCCAUUCAAGUGAGUGACUGCAGGACCGAAGACAGGGGUUCGUGUACCAAAAAUCAAGCUUACGUACCUCGCGGUCCACGUCCUCGUCCUGAUUGUGAGCAAUGUGUGCAAGUGAGCAUGCCAUAAUUGAGACCUGGAAUCAAGAAACUUGUGAAUUUGACAGCAGAAGACGCGUCCCAGGCACCACGUGUUGUUCCCAAUGGGUGGUGAGUAACUUCUGUGCCAGAACCAAUAUUUGGCGAUGAAAUUUGCCAAGUGGGGCCCACUCCUUCACCACCUUCACCAUCAUCACUACCACCACCACAAACGCUGAUGAUAGCCAAGAUGAGCCUUCAAAUUUGUUCAAGGCCGUCGACAGGCCAACCCGAUCUUACAAAGAAGACAGCGAAGACAAAGACCAGGCUGAAAUGUCUGGGGAAAACUUCUACUUCAACGAUUCAGCUUUGUGCUCUUCUGGUUGGUCUGAUUGUUUUGUGUGAGACAACCGCUUCCUCGUCAGCCUUGCGAGAAAACUUUGACACCUACGGUUCGAACUUCCCGGCAGAUGCGUUUCUACCCACACCUCCAACUCCUCCGCCCAAUGCCCAUUCUCCUCCAAUCAUAUUGGAACAUCCCACGGAUCUCAUUGUCCCGGAAAAUGAGCCCGUGACGUUGACAUGCCAUGCGGCUGGAACACCUCGUCCCAUGGUCCAAUGGUUUCGAGCCGGAACUGGGAAGGUUGAAACCGCCACUCAAAACGCCGGAUCGAGGCGAAUCCAACUUCCGGACGGGUCCUUGUUCUUCUUGGGAACCAAAGAGACCGUAGAUGCGGGAAAAUAUUGGUGUGAGGCUUUCAACGCGAACGGCAUUGCCCGCAGCAAGAACGCCACAUUGGAGAUUGCUUAUUUGAAGCACGAUUUCCCGUCCGAUGUGCGACCACCCUAUCUUUCUCAAGAGCCCACUUUUGAGGGCAUCUCAGGCUCCAAUAUUGAACUGCCGUGCCAACCGCCCGAAGGCAAACCUCAGCCCAAAGUCAGUUGGAAGCAGGGAGACCGACGAUUGGAUUUGGGCAACCUCAACCGCUUGAGUAUCAGCCCCAACGGCCAUCUCCGGAUCCGGGAUCUCCAACCCUCGGACGAGGGCUCUUACCAAUGUGUGGCCUCAAAUAUGGCCGGGAGUCGAGAAUCCAAGCCAAUGAAACUCAACGUUCUCCGAUCACCAUUCUUUAUCCGAGCUCCUCAAAACACUUCCGUCCUCAUUGGGAAAGACACUUUUUUGGAUUGCGUGGCCAACGGAGAGCCCAAGCCCGACAUCACCUGGACCUUCAACGGGGAGCGACUGAGUCCAUCACAGGCCCAUAACGUGCCUGGCAAGGGAAUCCAGUUCCGAAAAGCAACCUUGGACCAUAGUGGAACAUACAUAUGUAGCGCCACCAGCCACAUUGGCACCGUGUUCGCUCGGGCAGACCUCUAUGUGCAAGAACCUCCUGUGAUACCCGUUCCCCCACAAGGCGAAGUUGAGGUCAAGGCGGGCACUUCGGUGACCCUGGACUGCUUAACUAACGGCAGGCCGGACCCAAUGGUAAUAUGGAUGCACGAGGAUGAGCGGACUUUCCUGCUGCCUGGAGACAGCACCGACAUCUUGGAAGUCACGCCUCGCGGACAGCUGAUAGUUCAAGAGGUGUUCUACCCGAUGCAAUUCAUUUGCUUUGCUGUGAAUAUUGUUGGCUCAACCAUGGCCAAAAGUCAGAUCUCCGUGAAGAGCGAGUCCCUGGAAUUGGGGCUCUCGGCCACAAAUUUAAAGAAACGAUCCCGUGACCAGUUGCAGGGUGGCGUGGAAAUACUCGAAAUCGGCGGACAAUCACCAACGUCUAUUCGCGUGGCCUGGCGACUCACACAUCCGAGCACCGAUCUCAAUUUGGUGGAUGGGUUCUACAUCCUGUACCGCGAGGCUGACCAUCCUGAACAUUUUAGCUUUACAUCGUUAACGGUCCUUCAUGCGGCAGCCACAUCGUAUGUGGUUAACCGCUUGAUGCCGUUCACCAAAUAUCAAUUUGUUGUGAUCCCGUUCCAAAGAGGCUCUGCCGGACAGGCUUCUCCAUUGAUAGAGGCCUUCACCGAAGAGAUCAAGCCCACCCAUGCUCCUACACAUCUCAAUUGGAGACAAGUCAAUGCCAGUUCCAUCGAGAUCAGAUGGGAUCCACUCAACGAAGAGAAAUUCAAGGGCGUGCCUCAAGGAUAUCAGAUCUUGAUUUAUCAGCACAAUGGUCAAAUCGCGUCCAAUUUAAGUGUGCCUUGGCACUUGGCCCACGUUGUCUUGUCCAAUCUGGAGCCUCACCACACAUAUCAUGUUCAGAUCGCUGGAUUCAACUCCCAGGGCCUUGGCCCUUAUUCCCAACGACUCGAGGUCAGGCCUGAGCCGGAAUUGGCUUAUGGGACGUCCUUAGCGGCCUCUGAAAAGGCAGUGGAUAACAAUAACUCAUCCUUGGGUGCCUCAUCAUGGAUUAUCCCCACGGUAAUUUGCUUCGCUGUCUUGGCCGUGAUCUUGGCCGGAUAUGUGAUCUACACGCGGAGUCGAGGCUCGCCCCGCUCUCCAACGUCCAUGAGGCAUCGACAUAAGUUAAGGUUGCCGUCAUUCUCGGCCACGUCCUUAUCUGGUCAGAAAUUGUUCUUUCCAUCUCGUAAUCGAAAAAUGGAUGUUCAAAAGGAGUUCCAACUCCUUCCGUCAGCAGCGUCAAACUCCAGCUCUCAAAGACCCCAGAUCGCCAAAGCUUCGUCCUCGGCCGAGACCAUGUAUUUGGAUCGACGAUUCUCAUCCGGAAUUUUGGCCCGAACUCGACGAGGCUAUUCCGAAGAGGACUCGGACUACGCCUACAUUGACCGUUCCACUCAUUCCAUAACAGGCUAUUUGAACUCACCCGACGAGCGGAAUUUGUCGCCUUACGCCACAACUGAAAUAUCACCCCAUCAAAGCGAGAUGGGGGCCUCGUCCUCUUUAGGAGGCGGCUGUGAUGUAAUGCCACUGAUGGGCUCCGUCUCGACCACAUUCAAUGACCUUAUUCCCAUGGGACCAGAAAUGGGAGUUCAUCAACAACGUCGCUCCUUGGGAGAUCAUCAUAUGGGGUCAACGGUGGUGACUCGACAGCCUGUUCGGGCCAUGAUCGGACCUCGAGGCCGUCUGCGGCAGCCUCUCAAUGUAACUGCCUACACCCACGCCCCUCUUCACGCGUCUUCCGACCAUAUAUACGCCAUUGUUGCAACGCCCGAGCCCAUGUUGAGAGCUACCAAUCCGUUGUUUACCUCAUUUCGUGGCACAGGUGGGAUGGGAGCGGGAUCACGAGGGAGGAAUAGCGGUGAUGCUUGUGGAGCUGAUGACGGUCAGAUUCGCUCUAGUGCUAACUCGCACGUGUUAGAGUCUAAUAGCUCUCUGGAGAGGCCCAUACCUAAUCUGGUGGAUUUACUUCCUCCUCCGCCAAUGCACCAACACCAACACAGCCAAGGUCAGACAACGGUCACUACGACUUCUCAGGGAGUUCUGCCCAUGGAUCCUUUGCUGCAAAUGGAUUCGACUCGAGUGGACACGACAACAGACCUGUCAGAUCUCUACUCGGUGGUCAAGCCCAAAAAUGGAUCAAAUAACCCUUCAAUCUCGUCCAAGUCCAACUCUGGGACAAGCAAACGUAGGAAACUUCGGAAACAAUCAAUGAAGAAUGAGAGACCGCCCAAGGAGUCAGAUUGGAAAGACAUGGACGAUGCUGAUACGAGCUCCAUUGAUUCCGAGGAGGAAGAGUCGAAAAUGGUGAACAACACGCCAAGACCGGAUCUUAUUCCGGGCAAAGGGGCAUUAUCUCCGGGUUUGCCGUCAACUUCAGCGGACAAAAGGAAAAGAGAGAAGAGCCUUCCGCGCCGAAAAACACGUGGACAACGUGACCAACAACGGAAACGGUCCUUGAAUCAGGGUGGGCCACAAAGCCUGCCAUUGUCGCCGAUCUCACCAGCCCCCGGAUUUCACAAGUCUGAUUCCGAUUACUCAUUCCAUGAGGGUCUACUAUUGUCAUCCACUCAGGCUGUCAAGCAAGCUGUCAGAGAAGCCGAGAUCAAAGCUGCUCUCGCCAAUGCAAACCUGGAGGAGUCCAGAUAAUCCGGACCUUCUCCACAAGAAGCGCAGGAUUAACACCUCGUC